CUACUGCCAGUCCCAUAAAAUGGUCAAAAAAUGGGGCAAAGACACCAAACACUUUUGCAUACCCUAUGUGAUUGACAUUGACUACAUUACCAUUGAAAUAAACUCCGUUGUUUAGUAAACCAUUUUUUGGUUGCUGAAUGCCAAACAAAUGAAGCCUGUGUUACAGGUAGAGCUAGGUUCAAGAAAAUUGACAUUUUGCUUUUGAGCCCAUGAUGUCCAUACUGUUUUUGUGAAGUUACCAUAUAAACAGUUUUAUUUUUAUUGGAUAAGGCCUUUCUUAGUGAAUAUAAAAAGAAUCCAACUAUGCAAAUGCUAUCAAGGCACACAUCUGUACAUAUUUACAUACAUAGAACAUAAAAAUCACUUCUUUCGUGCUAAAGUGGACUGAAAAUGUGUAAAUCUGUUAAACUUUUAAAUAUAUAUUUUUCAUUAUAUAUAUUAUGUGCAUGAGAAAGUAAGAGAAAAGUGACAAUGGCUGCCUUCAUCAGCCUUCCCAUGUUAUCUUGGUAUCAAGCCCUGAUGUGCUGUUGACCAGCUUGUGACAUACGCAACAAUGUGGCCCAUGCUACUUGAUAUGACAAGAGAUGAAUGCAAACGCAUCCUCCGACGCUUGGAGUUAGAAGCAUAUAGCAGUUUGGUGUCUGCAUUGCGAGCACAGGGAGAACUCAGCAAGGAGAAGCGUAAACUUCUCCAAGACCUUGCCUCUACCCUCAAUAUAUCAAUGGAGAGGCAUAGAGCUGAGGUACGAAGAGCUGUAAAUGAUGAAAAAUUAGCCACUAUUGCUGAACAUAUUGCUGGUCCAAAUACGUCAACUGACUGGGCAAUUGAGGGACGCAGGUUAAUCCCAUUGAUGCCGAGAUUAGUUCCUCAGACAGCCUUUACAGCAUUAGCCAACAAUGUUGCCAAUAUUGCUGCAGCUGAAAAUGCUAGGCUCCCACCUCCAGCAAAUACAGUGAAGAAGAAUCCAGUACCCAUUGAUGAGACUCCUGCGUGUGAACCCAGUGUGCCUGAGGCAACCAAAACUCCUCAGAGAUCUGUGAGUCCUGUAGCCUCUAAUAUGGUGUCAUCCAUUCAGCUGAAGAAGGAAGAAGAAGAUGAGAAAUCUAGGAAGAGGCGUCGAUCAUUAUCUGUUGAAGGACCUGGAGUUGGACAGCUUCCAUCCCCCACUCUUCCACCUUCUAAAGUUCCCAAUAUUUCCAUACAGCAGCAGCCACCAUCAAGAACAGUAGCAUUUCCCAUGGGAGUGAAUCCAGUGAAAAUAACUCUCACUACCACACCUGGCAGAUCAACUGUUACCACAACCACAUCAGCCUCCACAACCCAAAAAGUGAUUAUAGUAUCAAGUUCCACAGCAGCUGGAUCUCCUAGCAUUUUACAGAGAUCGUUGAGUGUUCCCAUUGUAAAAACAGUGUCAGCCACUUGUUCAUCCAACACAUUAAGCCAGCAACCUCGAGGUACUUCCCUUAUCAUCAAUAACCAGACUUCAACUACUAUGGGAGCUCCUGCACAUCCUGGUCCUGGUGGAGUUGGAAACAUUGUGACUAUAUCCACAAAUCCAAACAGUGGUGGCAAUCUCACAGCAACAACAGUUUCUAUUGGUGGAAUUCCAACAACUGCAUACAUCACAUCUCCAGGUGGUGUUCCCAAGAUCCGACCCAAAUCUGUUCAGCUACCUGCCAAACCUCGGGCUCGUUCUGGCUCCAUUGUAAUCCCUAUGACACCCAAUCAGUUGGCAAGUGGGACUGCUGGAGCCACACAGACAUUAACAAACCUUCCCAGUGUGCAGGGUGUGCAGCUGAAGACAGCUGUACAUUCUUCAAAAUCGAGCCUACACAUUAAACAGGACUCCACUGGAAUGAAGAUAAUGCCAAUGUCAAGUGUAGGCAGUGCUACAAAAAUUCUGCCAAAACCAAGUUUUAGCUCAAGUGGUCAGGCACCUGUGUAUGUAAUGAGUGCAACUACAGCCAGUGUUUCCAUGGUAACAAGGACUGUACCAACAAGUUCUUCUCCUAGAGUAAUGACAGUAAAUAGUGCAUCAGUUUCUUCUUCAUCCCAUAUUCGCCCAACAGGUUCAACCACUUUUAUUACCAAAAGCACUGCAAAACCUAUCCAAGCAUUGCACAUCUCAGCUCAAAACCCCAACAUUGCACGACCAACUGGAGGAAAGCCUAAUGUUAUUGUUGUGCAGAAAGGAUCAGCCAGUGGAUUCAGCAGAGGUGUAACUCUGUCUCAUGGAGGAAAAGAAGUUGUGGGAAAAGUUAUCAUGAGCAAGUCUUUAACUUCAACUAAUUUGCCUCCAUCACCUCUCACCACAAUGACUGUGCAGAAACCAACCACAGUUAUACAGCCCAGUGGCAGCAGUGGUGGUGGCGGCCAGCAGGCAUUGAACUUGCCAGUGUCCUCUACACAGGGAAAUGUGAUUGUUCUUGAUUUAAGUCAAGAACAGUUGAGCAAGAACUCAGUAUUAGCGGAGAUCCUUCAGGCAUCUGGUAUUCUCUCUGACAGUGGAAGCUCUUCCUCAGAAAGUGCAGUGACUACAACAAAUGAAACUUCAGCAAAAGAAUGGAUCCAAAUGGACAUUCAAGAGAAGCAUGCUGUCAAUGAGGUGGAAACCAGUGAACCACAUGAAGAGGAAACAAGACCUCAGAAUCCAGCAUCACCAAUGGAGACCAUUGCAAAAGCACCUGUAGGGGAAAUGUCUUUACCUGUGGACAUGGCUGGAGGAAGAGUUGUCACUCUGGAGGAAGCAGUGGAACUCCUUGGGCAGUCAGAUACUGCAGAGACCCGAGCACUGCUCACUCAAGCUGGAAUCCAAGUUACAGAAACUGUGCCAUCCUCUCACCAGGUCACCAGUUCAAGCAGAUCUUCAAUACAGAAUGCUUGCAAUAUUAACCUGCACCAAGUGGUCCAACAAGAUGUUGGUGAUUCUGGAAGUCAUGAAGUAAUGGAGGUGAUCGGGGAACUUGAUCCUCAGACUGGCAUCUACUCCAUUCAUCAGCCAGCUGCAAUAUCAGGAGCAGGGGAAACAAGUGAUUCCAGCAGAGAAGCUUCAAGUUCUGCUGUUAGGAUUGUGUCCACAUCCUCUGCAUCUGGCACAAUGGACAUAUUUAGUACAGCUUUGGCCUCAGCUGACAUCAACCUUGAUACUUUCCAGUACAUAGAAGAUGGAAUGGAGCAAUUACAAGCAACAGACAGUAGUAGUAAUGCUGGAAUAUCAGAGUGCAGUGACCAAAGUAAGCAGGUGUUGCACUAUCCACAAUCUACUAUGGUUGUGGAAUCUGUUAAUAAACAGGCAAGCCGACCGAAUGAGCAAGUGCUUGAUCCUGGUAUUGAUGACCACUUGAGUAACUUCUUGCAGCCAGGAACAGGGGACAGCACUGCGGUGACAGUGGAGCCAAGCAAUAUGGACACAUCUGGAAUGCAUAUAGAAGAUUUCAGCUCCCAAAAAGUACAAGGACAGGAUAUCACUUAGCAAGUAUAAUUAACUGUUACCAGCCUGGGAUAAUUUGUUGCUGCCUUGAGAAAGCAGAUAAUGUGGGGCACAAGCUUCCAGGAAGUUGUAAAAAUCUGUGGUCAGAAUAAUUAAAAGCAGCAGAAAGAAGAAUUUUGAAAGUUAUUUUAAAAUAAUAAUAAAAUAUUUUCAAGUUUAUAUGAUUUAUGAUUGCAUUUUUAAUGAUAAGGAUCUACAAAUGUGCACAUUGAUAUAGAAGAUUUGGAUUUCAUACAGUAAACAGAAGUUCCCAACAGUAUACUAUGUUUGUCCCUAUUCCAAUAAAAGUUCAGUUCAGCAAGGAA